AUGCCGAAAUCAAAGCGUGCGAGGGUUGUCCACCUGACGAAAGUCGAUAAGAAGGGAAAGGAGUUAACCAUUAAAGUCUUCGCCAAUGUCCGAGAAUGUCUGGAUCAAUACCAACACUGCUUCGUCUUCUCCGUAGACAACAUGAGGAAUACUUAUCUGAAGGAUGUGCGCAACGAGUUGAGUGAUAGCAGACUCUUCUUUGGCAAGACAAAAGUGAUGGCAAAAGCCCUUGGAACGACCCCAGAAGACGAAUACCAGCCUUCGACACACCGACUCUCCAAGUUCCUCGUGGGCGAUGUAGGACUUCUCUUCACCAACCGCGAGCCUACUGCCAUCGAAGAAUACUUUUCCAAUCUCGCCAAAACGGAUUUCGCGCGCGCCGGCACUCCUGCUACGAGAUCGUUCACAGUUCCUGCAGGCAUUGUCUACUCGAUGGGAGGGGAGAUUGAUCCAGAGCAGGAUGUACCCAUGGCGCAUAGUCUGGAGCCGGAAUUGAGAAAAUUGAACAUGCCGACAUCUUUGACCAAAGGAAAGAUUACGCUGGAGAAUCCAUACACUGUUUGCAAAGAAGGUGGUAUUUUGGAUAGCAGGCAGACGAGGUUGCUGAAGUUGUUCGGAGUUGCAACUGCGGAGUUCUCUGUUAAAUUACUUGCGUAA